AUGAUUAUGUUUUUAAUAUUGAUAUGGGUUGGAGUACAUGUAGCUCUAAUCUCUCUAUAUUUAAGAAGAAAAUACUCAAGGUUCAGCGACUUCAACGUAAAAUGUAAAAAGAUAGUGCCAAUAUUGGGAAAUUUGCAUAGAUUUAUUUUUCGGCUGGACAGCUUUACUGAUGAUAUAGAUGCAAAUUAUAAUUCUUUUUCUGGAGAAAGAUUCACAGGUAGAUAUGAGUUUUGGAAACCAGUACUACUUAUUCGUGAUUUAGAUUUGGUGAAGAAGAUAGCCAUUAAAGAUUUUGAGCACUUUACUGAUCACCGCACUGUGACCAAUGAAGAAAUUGAACCGCUGUUUGGAAGAAAUCUUAUCUCUUUAAAAGAUAAUUUGGCAUCCUUU